AGACAAAAGUCAUAUGCCGACAAAAGAAGAAGACCGUUAGAAUUUGAAGAAGGAGAUCAUGUAUUCUUACGAGUAACACCAACUACAGGAGUCAGGAGAGCUAUCAAGAUGAGGAAACUGACACCAAAAUUUCUCGGACCGUAUCAAAUUCUCAAAAAGAUUGGGCCAAUGGCUUAUGAGAUAGCACUACCACCUCGAUUGGCAAAUUUGCAUAACGUUUUUCAUGUAUCCCAACUGAGGAAGUAUAUUCCAGAUCCAAAGCAUGUGUUAGAAGUUGAUGAAAUUCAGGUCAAGGAAAAUUUAACAAUGGAAGUUGGACCAGUGCGUAUACUAGAUGUUCAAAUGAAAAAGUUAAGAGGGAAGGAUAUUCGCACGGUAAAGGUACUUUGGAAUGAAGACACACAGGAAAUGACUUGGGAAUUGGAAGAAUUUAUGAUAAAGGAAUAUCCAUAUCUCUUUGUUAAGUUUGAUAGUGUUCGUUCUGUAAGCGUUCGUCAAAACAGUGUUCAACCUCAUAGUAUUCGGUCUCUUUGCGUUCAUCCAGAUAGUGUUCGACCCAAUGGUGCAGUAAAUAGUGUUCGGCCAAAUAGUGUUCGUCCAAAUAGCAUCCGUCCAAAUAGCGUCCGUUCAAAUAGCGUUCGACAAAUAGUAUUCGGCCAAAUAGUGUUCGGCCAAAUAGUGCUCGACCAAUAG